AUGAAGUCCACCAUUAUGAACCUCGCCUUCGCGGCGUCGAUUGCUGCCGCUCAGCCCCACAACCAUGGACAUGGCCACUUCCACCAGAAGAAGGGUACGCCUGUCGAGAAGCGCGAUGCCGAUGUUGUCACCACCGUUGUUCCCGCUACCAUGACUGCCUACAUCCUCGGCGACCAGGAGGUUAGCGCCGACGAGGCCAAGGCUGGAAUCGAGAACGGUCUCUACGUUGUUGUUGGCGAGACGACUCCCACUUACACCCCCGAGGUCGUCUCCAGCACCCUCAAGGUCGAUGCCGCCUUCUUCCAAAAGACCUCGGCCAGCUCCAGCUCCACCAGCACGUCCAGCUCCUCGUCCUCGUCCACCAGCACCUCUACUUCCUCUGCCGUGACCUCGACUUACGCCGCUGCUACCACCACCAAGUCUUCCAGCAGCUCUACUGCUACUGGUGUCACUGCCGACUUCCCUGAUGGCGAACUUGACUGCAGCACCUUCCCAUCCGACUACGGUGCUGUUGCCGUUGAUUGGCUUGGCACUGCCGGCUGGUCCUCCAUCCAGCAGGUCCCCGGCUUCGACUUCAGCCUCGACAGUGUCAUCUCUUACAUUGUUGCUGGAGUCAGCGGCGACUCCUGUACCGAGGGAUCCUUCUGCUCGUACGCCUGCCCUGACGGCUACGUAAAGUCCCAGUGGCCUACUGCCCAGGGCUCCACCGGCCAGUCCGUUGGUGGAUUGUACUGCAACAGCGAUGGAAAGCUCCAGCUUACUCGCUCCGAGUACAGCACUCUCUGCCAGCCUGGCUGCGGCGGUGUCAGCAUCGUCAACAACCUCAGCUCCGACGGCGCCGCUGUCUGCCGUACCGAUUACCCCGGUAGCGAGUCCAUGGUUAUUCCUCUCUGGACCGAGCCCGGCAACACCUACACCCUGACCAACAUCGAGUCCAGCUCUUACUACGUCUGGCAGGGCUCUUCCACCACUCUCCAGUACUACAUCAACCCCAAGGGCGUAGCUCUGGAGGACGCCUGUGUCUGGGACUCCACCACCAACCCCGACAGCGCUGGAAACUGGGCCCCAAUCAACGUCGGUGUCGGUAAGAACUCCGCGGGCAUGACCUACUUGUCCAUCUUCAACAACUCCCCGACCUCGACCGCCACUUUGGACUUUGAUGUUGUCAUUAGCGGUGACAUCAGCGGAGAGUGCUACUACAAGUCCGGUAGCUACCCCGAUGGUGACACUGGCUGCACUGUUGCCAUCAGCGACGGCGGCUCUGCCACCAUCACUUUCGAGGACAGCUCGUAA